AUGGCUUCUAUUAAAGGAUAAAUUUAUCUAGUGGAGGAUUUAUUGAAGGCCGGAGCUAAUUAAAAUGCUUUCGAUGAAGAAGGAAAUACUGUUUUUCAUUAUUUAAUGAGCAUUUUUGAUAAAAAUAGACAGGUUUCGGGAAGAAUUUGUGAUUUAUUACUUUAGAAUGGAGCUAAUCCUAAUAGAUAGAAUUUCGAAGGGUUAACUUCACUUCAUUUAGCACCUUUUUUUAAAUGCUUCGAGUUCUUCUAUUUGUUAGAAUGA